ACCAGUUCUCCUCACCUCGCGAGUCACGCCUGGUGGACACCUUCCGCUUUCCCAGUCAAUCGCAAUCGGUGUGACUCCCGCCUGUCACAGUUGCUCCUGAGCUAAGGUCAAUUCAGAGCCGGACCCUUUUCCACUCAAGCGGAACUCGAGGCAGUCUUAAGUGCGCUUUAGUGGGCAGUGAGCUUGGACUGAGCCCGAUUUAGUCACGGAUCGAACGCCAUGCGACACGCGAUCUGCUUUCUCUCAGUGCUGUGGGCGCAUUCGCUCGAUGACUCCGCGGUUGUGGGUGGAUACGUGGAAGACACCUUUCCGGCGAGUGUGAUUGAGGACGCCCACCUGAACACGAUUCAACUGCUGGAGAAGUACAAGCAUCCGGCGGAAACGCACCAGGUGACCACUGAAGACAAAUAUGUGCUGACCCUGCAUCGCAUUCCACGACCUGGGGCCAGGCCGGUGCUGUUGGUUCACGGCCUGGAGGACACCUCCUCCACCUGGAUUGUGAUGGGUCCUCAGAGUGGCCUGGGCUACUACCUGUACGCCAACGGAUACGAUGUCUGGAUGGGCAAUGUCCGGGGCAAUCGGUACUCCAAGGGCCAUGUGAAGCUCAAUCCGAAUACGGACAAGGCCUAUUGGAGCUUCUCGUGGCACGAGAUCGGGAUGUACGAUCUGCCGGCCAUGAUCGAUGGGGUUCUGGAAAAAACCGGAUUCCAAAAGCUAAGCUACUUUGGCCACUCCCAGGGAACAACCUCGUUCUUCGUGAUGGCUUCGAGUAGGCCACAGUAUAACUCCAAAGUCCACUUGAUGACCGCCCUGGCCCCAGUGGCCUUUAUGAAGCACAUGAAGGCUCCACUCCUGGGAGUGGCGCGCAUGGGUCUCAACAUGUUUGGUGAAAACUUUGAGCUUUUUCCAUACUCGUCCCUGUAUUAUAGCCAGUGUGUUUCCUCCUCCGCCAUGCUGAAGACCUGUUUGCGCUUCUACUGGCAGAUUGUGGGAAAGAACCGCGAGGAGCAAAAUGUGACCAUGUUCCCAGUUGUGAUGGGUCACAUCCCCGGCGGCUGCAAUGUCAAACAACCCCUCCACUACAUCCAACUGCAGAACUCCGAUCGCUUCUGCCAGUACGACUACGAUCCCAAGGAGAACCAAAGGAUCUAUGGACGUUCCACUCCGCCGGACUACCGCCUGGACAGGAUCACCGCCCCGGUGGCCCUGUACUACGGCAGUAAUGAUUAUCUAGCGGCGGUGGAGGAUGUCCAACGAUUGGCCAAGCUGCUGCCCAAUGUGGUGGAGAACCAUUUGUACCGCAAGUGGAACCACAUGGACAUGAUAUGGGGGAUCAGUGCCAGGCGUUCGAUUCAGCCCAGGAUUCUGCAGGUGAUGCAGUACUGGGAAGCAGGCGGGGCAACAAAGGAUGUCACCACAGGCCUGCCGGUGGAGGAGGAGGUGGCUCAAUUGCCUACGGAAUCCCCGGUUGAUGGGAACCCAGAGGAGGGUGAGGCUGGCAGUAUCGCAGGAAACGAGGAGCAGCGGGAAAAGGAUGAGGAAGACCAGGUGAUGGUAGCUACUGAUCCUACUUCAGAACUGUAGAUUAAGUGUUAUUUUUUGGGGAAUGCACCUAGGUUUUAAAAUAAUAUUUAUACGGCUCAGUGAUUGAAUAAUAUAUAUGUAUAUAAACACACAAAACACAA